AUGACAAAAUCUAUUAAUCCUGUACCCAUCGUAGAUUUAACAGACGACAUAUCAGAUAGCGGUCAAUAUAAUAAAAAGACACCCUAUACAUACACUGGCUUGGUUCAUCCAACAAAGAAAUCAACUACACUGAAGAGAUCAUUCGAUGGCUCUAGUGAAGAUGCUGAUCUAGAAGUAUUUAGAUCAGAGAAAAGAGAGAAAAUAUCAUCUCCUUCAAAGUCACAAUCAUAUCAUUUCUCACCAAUUUCAGUCAAAAAACAACAUCCAAAAGAAGAAGAAGAAGAACAUGAUAGAUUUAGAGUAGUACCACUUGAAGAGGAAGAGGAAAAAGUUAUUGAUUAUAAAAUUAUAGAUCAAGAGUUGAAUCAAGUCGAUGAGAAAAGCAAUUAUGAAAUGAUGAGUGAUGAUGAUGAUGAUGAAGAAGAGAAAGAAGAUGAAAAAUAUAUAAUUAUUAAUAAUAAUAAUAACGAUAAUAACAAUCAACUGGUGAUUAUCCAGUCAACAAAUCAAUCUCUUUUAUCUCCAUCUACAAGUUACAAUGAACAACUGUCAUUCGAUAGUGGUAGUAGUGAAUAUGGUGGUGAUAUUGAAGAUGGAUUCUCUGACCUUGAAGGGCUAUCCGAUACUGAAGUUCAAGAAUCAUCCCCAGCUGGUGGAUUAGAGAGUAUCCAACCAGAGAAAACAAAUCAAGACCUUCUGGUGACCAGAUCUGGUGGUGCAGCUGUUAGUGAUAUUAGAAACCUCUACUCUACCAUACUAUGUUUUAUAUUCAAUAGCAAAUCAUAUCUUACCAAAAGAUCACCAACAUCAUCAACAACAUCUUCUUCUUCAGAAACAUCAACAUCAACAUCAUCGUUUAGUCAUCCCAAUGAACUAUUGGUAGAGGAUGCCAAUCUGGAUGACUCUAUUCUCCUACAAUGUUUUAUUACACUCUUCAUUUUUAUACUAUUCCAUGUUUUAGAUUGA